AGCGCCGAGGCGCCGGAUACAGAUACCUGGGAUUCAGGCGAGUUUACUUUGCUCCGUGGGAACUGCACCAGAGCUGGAGGUCAGCACCUUGCAAGGAGGUAGUAACAUCCAGUCGUGAAACUGGGAAAAGCCAGAGCUCUUGGAUCAGGGAAACAUGUCCCGUCGGAAACAGACAAAUCCAAAUAAAGUUCACUGGGAUCAAGUAUUUGCUGGGCUAGAAGAGCAAGCCCGCCAGGCGAUGAUGAAAACUGAUUUUCCUGGAGACCUUGGCAGUCAGCGACAAGCUAUCCAACAACUAAGAGAUCAGGACUCCAGUAGCAGUGACAGUGAGGGUGAUGAAGAGGAGACCACACAAGAUGAAGUCUCUUCCCAUACAUCAGAGGAAGACGGAGGGGUGGUCAAAGUGGAAAAAGAGUUAGAAAAUGCAGAACAGCCUGUUGGUGGGAACAGUGUGGUAGAGCAUGAGGUCACGGAGAAUUUGAAUUCUGACCCCUUACUUGGACUCUGCCAGUGUCCCCUCUGCCAGCUGGACUGUGGGAGUCGGGGGCAGCUGAUUGCGCAUGUGUACCAGCACACUGCAGCAGUGGUGAGCGCCAAGAGCUACAUGUGUCCUGUCUGUGGCCGGGCCCUUAGCUCCCCCGGGUCAUUGGGUCGCCACCUCUUAAUCCACUCGGAGGACCAGCGGUCUAACUGUGCUGUGUGUGGAGCCCGUUUUACUAGCCAUGCCACGUUUAACAGUGAGAAACUUCCUGAAGUCCUUAAUAUGGAAUCCCUACCGCCAGCCCACAGUGAGGGCCCCUCCAGUGCUGAGGGGAAGGACAUUGCCUUUAGUCCUCCAGUGUACCCUGCUGGAAUUCUGCUUGUGUGCAACAACUGUGCUGCCUACCGGAAACUGCUAGAAGCCCAGACCCCCAGUGUACGCAAGUGGGCCCUGCGUCGACAGAACGAGCCUUUGGAAGUCCGGCUGCAGCGGCUGGAACGAGAGCGCACAGCCAAGAAGAGCCGGCGGGACAAUGAGACCCCCGAGGAGCGGGAGGUAAGGCGCAUGAGGGACCGAGAAGCCAAGCGCCUGCAGCGCAUGCAGGAGACAGAUGAGCAGCGGGCACGCCGGCUGCAGCGAGAUCGGGAGGCCAUGAGGCUGAAGCGGGCCAAUGAAACCCCGGAGAAGCGGCAGGCCCGGCUCAUCCGGGAGCGGGAGGCCAAGCGGCUCAAGAGGAGGCUGGAGAAAAUGGACAUGAUGUUGCGAGCUCAGUUUGGCCAGGACCCUUCUGCCAUGGCAGCCUUAGCAGCCGAAAUGAACUUCUUCCAGCUACCUGUGAGUGGGGUGGAGUUGGACAGCCAGCUCCUGGGCAAGAUGGCCUUUGAAGAGCAGAACAGCAGCUCUCUGCACUGAGCCACACCCUCCUGCCUGCCUUCCCACUCAGCCGUCCCCAGGGUCCUGUCCUUGCUGCUGGAGGCAGGCCCGAGUUUGUUGCAGGUGGACCUGUGUACCCCUUGCAUAUGGGAGCAGGAUGAUGGGGUCAGGAGGGACCCAGCUCAAGGCAGCUCUGGAUGAGGGAGCAGGCACUCCAGACACCUCGACUCCCCAGCCCACUGCUGCAGGGCAUGCGCAUAGGACUCUGGGGCCCUAGUGUGGCCCACGCCCACCCCACGGAGUUGUG